AUGGCUUUUAUACCUUUAUUGUUAUGUUCGAUGUUACUGGUGCUUCAGUUGGAGAGCUCGUAUGGUUAUUUUAUAACGAUAGAUGCACACGCAGAGGAGUGUUUUCAUGAUCAAGUAACAUCAGGAACGAAGAUGGGGCUUAUAUUUGAAGUAGCUGAGGGUGGCUUUCUGGAUAUCGAUGUUACGGUAAACAUUGAAAUUUUAAGCCUAUAAAUGCUCCAGAAAUUUUUAUUUUUAACCACGUUAGAUAUGUUUCAGGGGUAGCUCAUGACUCAGAAACAGUAAAAUGUGUUCAUCCGCAGCGUAAAGCAAUCGUAAAAAUCGUUUCCUUAAUUCUUAUUAAUCCGAGUGUCAUGCAGUGUUGAAUUUCUGCAGAACUCUCAGAGUCAAUGUAAACAGAUUCAAGUUCCAUGUCUGUUGAAUAUUUGAGCUCAUUUUAAUAGGUGACAGUUAUAGCUCAUCUUCAACUUUCAUUAAAAGGAAGUUUUAGUUCAAAUAUUUGUUAAUGCUUACAAGUACACUAAUGUUCUCUAGAGAAUAGUAUAUGUGUAGGUGUUGAACCUGAACUCACUGUCAGGUUCAUAUCCUACAAAACACAUAAGCAGUGCAUCUUUUGAGUUUAAACCAUACUUACACUGCAAACAAAAACCUUUGAACUGAAAUUAAUACAAGGACAGCGGAGGUGGACAGGAGUUAGGUUACAUGCCUCAAUCUCCCCCACAGAAGCUCCAAUCAGCACCGAACUGUCAAACUGAGCCUAGCAAAACUAAAUUUUGUACUACUAUCUCAACCUUAGAAAAUUUUGAAUCAGCCUUAGUCUCAACAAAUAUUGACUUUCAUUGUAGGUUUCCUUUAACUUUUGUAAGUAGUGAUUUUGGUAGGUUGAUUUGUAUCACCAGUUUGAAUUAUUUAGAACAAGAACAUAACAUUUAGAUACAACUUAAUGAAUGUGGAAAGUCACCCUAGAAAGGAAUACUUGAGAUUCUUCAUCAGCUUCAAAAGGAUACCUCACCCUUGUUGUAUUAUAAUACACACAUGCAGACUUGUCAUAAAUUUAGUCAAGAUGUUUUGAUGAUUGUUUUUUGGACAUUACAGAUUACUGGUCCAGACCAAAAGGUUAUUUACACAGGAGAGAGGGAGACCAAUGGAAAGUAUGCAUUUGCCGCAUACAUGGAUGGCACUUAUCAUUACUGCUUUAGCAACAAAAUGUCUUCAAUGACACCAAAAAUAGUAAAGUUUUCCAUGGAUCUGGGAGAGCCACCUAAGGACACCAGUAAAGAAGAAGGUGAGUGGAGUCAAUAAAAUUGAGAGAAUUCAACAAUUGCCACUGGCAAGUUAUGGAAAAAAAUUGAAUAACCACAAAAUGGAUUAGAACCUGGGUUAGUCACACUUUCAUGACUGAAUGAUCUGCCAACUGUGCUUCAGACAACUCGUCACCAAGGUUGUCAUUAGAAGCCUGUAGUAUGUGGAAACCUGCCAACUGUCACACCAUUUUACACCAGCUACCUUACCGAUUCUGAUCAAAGACAAAAAUUUGUCGUUUUUGGGCUGAUUCAAACAUCAAUAUCUGGGUAAAGUCAGUUACUCAGAUAUAUCCCACAAUGCUGGAAAUCACAUCUCAAAAGAGUUUGUGAAUAUUCCUGGGGCAGCAUGCCCCUACAUUUCCCCUUAUUCAAAGAAAAAUAUCAAUGCUGUGAGGCUGUCUUCCCUCCAACUAACACAUGUGUGGUGCACUGAAUAUAAAUGUUAAGUUUCCAAGGAUUACUAAAAUUUUCUUAUCUGAGCGUUAAGAAAUUUUUCUAUUAUUUUCACAAGGUGCAAAUCAUGAUAAGCUUAGUGAAAUGAUUGGACAAUUGUCUGAGGCAAUGACUGGAGUGAAACAUGAACAGGAAUACAUGGAAGUUAGAGAAAGAAUUCACAGAGCAAGUGAGUAUAUUGCAUCAGGUGAAUAUUCAGUGGAUUUAUUUGUUAGAUUUAUAAUUUUGGUUUCUUUGUAUCUUCCUUCUGCAGUCAAUGACAACACAAACAGCCGCGUUGUUUGGUGGUCUUUCUUUGAGUCCCUAGUGCUGGUUGCUAUGACGCUAGGACAAGUUUUCUACCUCAAACGAUUCUUUGAAGUCAGAAGAGUGGUUUAAGUUGUAACAUUGAUUUUUUAGCAAAAUUCAAAAACUGUAUUGUACAGAGAGAUAUGAGGUACAAUUGUGUUCACAAAGUAAAGCAAAUUUACUUUUUCAAAAACCAGUAACAACUAUUCGUAUAACACAAUUUUCCUUUUCUUUAUUGGCUUUUUGAUACUUUGCCAAUGUAGAAACUUUUUUUUGUUUUUUUUUUGAGUCAAGGACUGUCAUUUCAAACACUGUUCACUGUAGUGCAACAAACUAUACUGAUGAAUGCUCAGUUGUUAUGGAGAGGACAACAAUUCCCAUUACUGGUUAUCCCAUAGUGUUCCUUAGAUGAUUAAUUGAGACCCAAAGCCAAGGGGUUUGAAUUUUAACCAAGAUCUGGUUAUUUAAAUGGGGAUAAGCUAUCAUUAAGUGAAACUGUCUUCCAAACCAUUUUCAAUUUAGCCAAAAUAAUGUUGAAUGAAACCAUUGAUUUUCUAUGAACUGUGAUAAUUGCUGUGAGGCUUUCACUAGACAUAAACACUCAUCGACUUCACUCUUAUAGCAAAAAAUAUUGUGGUCCAUUGAUUGUCUAAAACUGCCUCUUUAGUUUUUGUGCAGACUUGCAUGGUUUAGGGUGAAGUUCAGGAAAAUUAUAAAUUACAUUUCCCUUAAAAAAGCCACAAUGUCAAGAGGACUGCUUUUCCUUUAAGCUCUUCCUUUUGGUGUUUACAAAUUGUAUCAGAGAGACAUCUUGAGUAGAAACCAGCCUUUGUCUAAGUGAAUCCACAGAUCCUUUCUCAACAUGUUGUAGAAAGCUUUUGUCUCCUUUUUAACUUACAUGUAACUGUUGUUGGAAUUAAAUAAAGGAAAUUGUCAUCCUUAAAGCCUUGAACCCCUAAGAGUGACUGGCAUGUAAUUUCUCCUCACAAUGUCACCCCUGUAUCAAACACAAAAGUCACAAGAUUAAGGGAAAUGAUCAACAACCAAUGAGUUCUUAACUUCCAAACAAAUUCUCCUUUUCAGCUUCUCAAGAGAUGUAUAGAGAACAGUAUGGCGAAUAUGCACACUGAUGUUAGGGUGUAGAUGGUUAAGGCUGAUUUUUCUGGUGGAUAUUUGUGGUAGUUAUCUUUAAAUAUGAAUAAUCGCAUG